UUUUCAGUUUUUUUCGUCAACGACGGAUGGACUCUCUCGUUCGCACUGAAUUGCAACAGAAAAAUAAUUCCUUUAAAAACGUGUAAUUGUACAAAAUAAAGUAAUGGCGUUAAUUUUGCUCCACUCAAACGCGAUAUAUGCCCAGCUAUAUUGCUAAUAGGCAUUAAAGCCAAGGCAAAAAUUGCUCAUCGCCCACCAAUUGUAAGAAAAAAAGUUACCUCGGAAUUGAUACGAAUUGGUAUUGGGUAUCAGGUACCGAGUACUAAAUCUCCUCUUCGUUGAAGUUGCUAGUGAUGAGUCGCCAUAUUAUUGUUGUGCGAAGAAGAAGAAUUUUUUUUACCUUUCAAUUAUAAAAGAAAAUAAUUUUUUUGAUAUUUCACUGUGAUUUCUGAUUUUUCCUUUAAUUUUUAUUUUGUCAUUAACGAAAAUUUGAUUCGUGUGUGCUCCCAAAGGGAGGAAAAAGAUAUAUAAAUUUAUACUUUAGUGGUGUAUUUGUUAAACAACUGAAUUAGAAAACAUUGCAAAACCCAGCAUCCAACAAAAAGCUAUAAAAAUUAAAUAUAUUAUUAAGAACUGUUGAAGUUUAUAGUUACAAAAUAACAUGAUGAAAAUGGAGACUGAUAAAAUAAUGGAUGAAACUAAUUCCAAUUCUCAACCUUUUACUACAACGAUGCUGUAUGAUCCCGUACGAAAGAAAGAAUCUUCACCCACAUUUCAAGUAGAACGCGAUACCUGCUUAACAUAUUUUUCACAAUGGAACGAAACUGAUCAGGUGGAUUUUGUUGAGCAACUUUUAUCGCGUAUGUGUCAUUAUCAGCAUGGUCACAUCGAUGCGUUCCUAAAACCAAUGUUACAAAGGGAUUUCAUUUCACUAUUGCCGAAAAAAGGUUUGGAUCACAUUGGCGAAAAUAUUCUAUCGUAUUUGGAUGCUGAUUCCUUGAAGGCGGCUGAAUUGGUUUGCAAAGAAUGGCUUCGUGUCAUAUCGGAAGGUAUGCUAUGGAAGAAAUUGAUUGAACGCAAGGUUCGCACCGAUUCCCUAUGGCGUGGAUUGGCCGAACGCCGUGGAUGGAUUCAGUAUCUGUUCAAGCCACGUCCUGGUACUAUACACAGACCACACUCUUUUUAUCGGGCAUUAUUUCCUAAAAUUAUGAAUGACAUUGAAAGUAUUGAAAACAAUUGGAGAACUGGCCGUCACAUGUUACGUCGCAUCAAUUGUCGUUCGGAGAAUUCAAAAGGUGUUUAUUGCUUACAGUACGAUGAUGUUAAAAUAGUAUCUGGUCUUCGUGAUAACACUAUUAAAAUAUGGGAUCGUACGGAUUUGCAGUGUGUUAAGACUCUAACCGGGCACACUGGCAGUGUUCUAUGCCUACAAUAUGAUGACAAAGUCAUUAUCAGCGGUUCAUCCGAUUCAACGGUACGCGUCUGGGACGUCAAUACCGGUGAAAUGGUCAAUACACUUAUUCACCACUGCGAAGCCGUUCUACAUUUACGUUUCAAUAAUGGCAUGAUGGUUACCUGCUCUAAAGAUCGUUCCAUUGCCGUUUGGGACAUGACCUCGCCCAGCGAAAUAACACUGCGUCGUGUUUUGGUGGGUCAUCGUGCCGCUGUCAAUGUUGUUGAUUUUGAUGAGAAGUAUAUUGUAUCAGCAAGUGGUGAUCGUACAAUUAAAGUGUGGUCGACAUCCAGUUGUGAGUUUGUCCGAACAUUGAAUGGCCAUAAGCGUGGUAUUGCCUGUCUACAAUACAGAGAUCGUUUGGUGGUCAGUGGAAGUUCAGAUAAUUCGAUAAGACUCUGGGAUAUUGAAUGCGGUGCUUGCCUACGCGUGCUUGAGGGCCACGAAGAACUGGUCCGUUGCAUACGUUUCGAUUCAAAGCGCAUUGUAAGCGGAGCUUACGAUGGCAAAAUCAAAGUUUGGGAUUUAGUAGCAGCCUUGGAUCCAAGAGCUCAAUCAAAUUCGUUAUGUUUAAAUACUUUGGUGGAGCACACUGGUCGUGUUUUCCGCCUGCAGUUUGAUGAGUUCCAAAUUGUCAGCAGCUCACAUGAUGAUACAAUAUUGAUAUGGGAUUUUCUGAAUUUCACACCAAAUGAAAAUGCAACAGUUCGCACACCUUCACCCGCUCUCAUGGAACAUUAACAUUAUUUACAUGAUCAGAUGCAUCUACAUGAUGGUAACUAAUAAUGGAGUAAAACGAAUUAACCAAUUGUGUUUUUAUUUCAAAAGGCACCAUUGUAAAUUACGAAAGAAAAAAAUAAAAUGUAUUCCGUUUCAGUUGUGCAGCCGAUCUCUAAUUAUUAACAAAACAAAAAAAGAUUUAAAAAAGAAACUCACUUGAAAAUCAUAAAAGUUGGUUCAAUUAGAAGAGAAGAGUGUAAACAAUGAUGAAACAACAACCCCCCCUCCCCAACACAUUAAUAUGUUUAGAUCACUAAGGCAUUACGAAGAUAAUAAAAAGAGUGGUACAAAUCACAAAAAUAUUUACGAUCAGCAUCCUCAUUUCAAGUAAAACAUCAAAUUAAACCAACCAUUUAAUUAAGUAUUUGAUAUGUCUACAAUUAAUUUGUUUUAAAUUAUUGAAUUGAUUUACGAUUCCCAAAUUAUUAUCAAAAUGUACAGCCUUUAUUUAUUAUCUUCGUACUAAAACACUCAACAUAACUGCAAUUAUAUAAUUUAUACUCUCCUCCUCCUGCUCCUCCACCUUCAUUUCUCCCAUAAAAAUUCAAAUAAAGUUAUCCAAUGAAUUGGGAAGAAGGGUAUCUCAAUUCGAAUUGUAAUUAAAAAAAUUUUAAAAUUUUGUUAAAUUUCUAAAACUACAUAUGUUUGUUUGAAAAGAAGAAAAAUACGUAAACAUUGCACAUUGCAAAAGUGGCUGGCAUCUCAUAUUAACGUAAAAUUCAGAAUUUCCCCCUUUGCCUACUUUCUCCUACUUCCCUACUUGAGGGCAAUAUAUACAGAUAAAAAAAAAUAAAAUAUAAAAAAUCCAUUAUGAAAAUAAUACUAUAUAUUAUAAAUAAAACAAUAUUGAAGAACUUGAAACAAAAAUACAAAUAAAAACAAAUUGUUUGAAUGAUUAUAAAAUGAAUGACCCCAGAAGAUUAUUUACACACAGAUCAAAUAAGAGUUAUUACAAAAUUGAUUGAUUACUUGAAAUAUAUAAACGAAUGCAAUAUUUGAAAAGUGUAAUGUAAGAAUAGUUUUCAGCCUUUUAUUUUGAAAACAAUUUGCUUUUUUAUUAAAAAUCAUAAAUUUGUUUUAUAUUUGUGUUAAUAAAUACCUACACCGGAUGUUACCAUUCACUAGAGCAUGAUAUCUAUCUGUCUAUCUAUCCAUUGGGAGGACGAUAUAUAUUUCAACUCGAUUUUAAAAUUGCAAUAAACAAAUUUGAGGUUUAAAUUAUAACCGAAUGUAAUCUAAACAAUACAGGGCUGGAAGUAUGGUUCUGCAUAUUAUUGUUGCUUAAUUACUGCCAACAUAAAGGGUAUCGAUAAAAUGUUGGAAUACUACAUUCAAAGGUCCUUGGCGAAUAGAGCGAAACCAGGAAAUGUCCCAAACUUCUAUACCUUUUUGCUAGCACAAGAGCAAAGAUUCUCUCUUGGACCGUCGUGACACAACAAGGAAUAGCGACCUAAGGUUAACAUAUUUACAAUAAAGAUCCAUGGUAGAAGAAUAUAGGUAGAUGCAUCAACGCUUGGGAACAUUGAUGCGUCAAAAUUUUUCAAUGUUUCUUCAAAAAUAAGUAGGUUUGUAUAUGUUUUUCUAUACAAGAUUGGAGAUUGUUAUGAUAUGCAUUUUUUAACAAUUUUUACAAAUUUAUAUAAAUUUUCAUUCAAAAAUUUCAAUUCCAAAAUUGCUUUGACAGUUCAUUGUCCCAGCAGCUUUGUCGAUGCGACUACCUAUAUUCUUCUACCAUGAAAAGAACAAUUAUCAUUGAAUGCGGCGGAGGAAUCGUUUGUUUUAUAUGUGCAUCCAUUAAAAACAACAAAAAAUACUAGCAUCAACAUAUAUGUGUAAAUGUAUUAAUAAUCUGCAAAACAAAAAUUGCCUAAAAAUUAGCAAAAAAAAAACGAAAA